GAGGGGGCAAAGGUCGUCCGCCUCAAGAUGGCGUCCCCCAUGGAACUCAGCUGCUGGGGCGGCGAUUGGGGCUUGCCCUCCGUGCACGUGGAGUGCCUGGUUGUCAUGGCUUAUGCCAGAUUUUCCAGUGCCCCAGUGAAAGUGAAAAUUAUAGAUCAUUGUUGGAGAGCACCAAGAGGGAGCGUGCCAUUGUUGAUAUCAGGAGACACUGUUAUUUCUCAGCCAGCAAAAAUAUUAAACUUCUUAAGAAAACAGAAAUAUAAUGCUGAUUAUGAACUCUCUGCAAAAGAAGGAGCUGAUACACUGGCAUAUAUUGCACUACUUGAAGAAAAACUACACCCUGCUUUGAUGCACACUUUCUGGAUUGAAGCUGAUAAUUACUACAGAGUGACAAAACCAUGCUUUGCCUCAAGGAUUCCAUUUCCAUUGAGUUGGUUUCUGCCUAGAAACAUGGCUGGGGAAGCCCUUAAUAGGAUCUUGCUGACAAAAGGGGGUCCUCCACUCUUCAGUAUGGCUGAAGUGGAAGCACAGAUCUACAGAGAUGCCAAGGAGUGCCUGAAUCUUCUGUCCCACAGAUUGGGGACAUCACCGUUUUUCUUUGGAAAUAUGCCUACAACUCUAGAUGCCUUCGUGUUUGGUUUUCUUGCUCCUCUUUUCAAAAUACCAUUUCCCAAAGUCCAGUUACAGGAUCAUUUGAAGAUGCUUCCUAAUUUGUGCCGCUUCUGUGAUGACAUUCUGAGUUGCUACUUUAGACUGAAAUUAUUGGGUGUCUCUCCAGUGGGUCCCGAUACAGUAGAUGCAAAUCUGCAGAAACUCACACAGCUUGUCAAUAAGGAAUCCAACCUGAUUGAAAAGAUGGAUGAUAACCUUCGAAAGAGCCCUCAGCACCCUCCGCGGAAACUGACAACUCUCAAACUUUCUAGAACUGGAGAAGGAAAUAGUUCCCCAAAUCGUUUGUCACCCUGAGAGCUUUCAUGUCAUAUUUAUAUGGGUCUUGCCUAAUUGAUCUUUGCACUAAUUGUGUAUGUACAUGAACUGAAGGAGAAAGGUGGAUUGAUGAACUGGAGCCAGCACAAUCCCUUGACCAGUGCAUCCUCUGGACGUAAUGGAAACAGCAAACGUCCAAGAUGAUCACAUGCCAAUUGUUGAGUGAUUGUACUAUUUGGUACACGUUCACCUUAAGUGCUGCAUAAUGCUUGCCUUUUAGAGUUAGUACAGUUCUUGACCAAAAAAAGGUAAAAUUCCAUUUUUGGAAAGAAUGCAAAUAUUGUUAGCCUUUUCUGCCAAAUUAAGCUUCAGUUUUGUCUGUAAUCAUGUUAUGUCUUGUCUGGGUUAAUGUGUGUCAGAAUAGUUAGUUGGAUCAACACUUUUUAUAGAUUUAUAAUUUGGAUCAGAUAGUAUAGAAAAAUUGGAUUGUCAGCUCACUUUGCACAAAGAGCAACGAAAGGCAGGUAUUUGGCAUUUUAUACUAUGGGUUGUUGUGAGUUUUCUGGCUUGUAUGGCCAUGUUCCAGAAGCUUUCUCUCCUGAUGUUUCACAUGCAUCUAUGGCAGGCAUCCUAAGAAGUUUUGUACUAUGUUUUUACAACCAGUGCUUAGUACGAAUGCAACCAGUUUUUGCAACCAGUGCUUAUAUUGAUGCAGGUUUUUUAAACUGUAAUUUUAAAAUAAUAAUAACAAUAACAACAACAACAACAACAACAACAAUAAUAAUAAUAUAGAAACUUUAUUCAAACCUGCUCUUCAUCAGGAAUAAAAUGCAUUUGAUUAGCCUGCAUAAGACCAUCUCCAAAAUUGCCUCAGAUUUUGCUGGCCACCCUCCUUUAUUGUUACAUUUCAUGCUGUCAUAAGUUGUUCCCCUGCCUCCUAGAACAGCAUUUUAGAGGUCUGUCCUCUGCACAUUUAUUUAUUUGAAAUCCAGAUUCAGCUCUUUAUAUCAUAGUGGUGUUAUUUCCAUUUACCUGCCUUUCAUCGGCUUUUAGUUUUGUGUAUUUAUCCCUGAUAAAUCCCAAAAGACUUCCGUUAUUUUAGAAGUUGUAUAAGUUAACUGAAUACAGCGAUAUUGGCUUUGUACAAAGCUACGCUCAGAGAUACUUUUGGGCACAGAAUUACUGUUGUAGACCAUCAUUCAGCACUGAAGCAAUUGGGUUUCUCCUGGAAUCUGCAGCAGAGCUUAUUUUCCUUCAGUUUCAGUCAACACAGAGCUUCUCUAUACAUACAAAACGGUUAAAUCAGAUUUACUGUAUAUGAUUAUUUAUGAGAUACCUUUCAUCUGAACAAUUCCUGUGUCUUACAUGGCCUAGUAAUGCUAUUAUUUUAAAUUAGACCUGGUUUUUAAAUAGAAGACUGGGCCCAUUUUCACCAGGAGAACAGGAACUGAGGUGGACAGGAAGUAAUUUGAAAAUAUUAACCAUGGAUACUUCAGGAUUGUUUCCCCAUUUUUCUGUGUAGCUUAGGCACGUUUCCAAUUUGGCAUGUGCCGGAAAAUGAUAACAUAUUCAGAUAGAAUCAUGGGCUGUUCUUCAAUAUUCUGAAUUUUCAGUAUAUUUACUAAUAUUUCAGAAACAAGACUCAGUAUUUAUUUAUCGUAUCAGGAGUGAACCAAAGGUACAGUUGUCAUGUGUUUUUUAAAAAAAAAACACAAAGUUUAAAAGCUUGGCAUUAUAUUACAUGUUUUUUGACCAGUAGCUGGCCACUUGGAGUUCCUCUGGUGUUGCUAUAAGAAGGUCCUCCAUGGUGCAUGUGGCAGAGCACAGGCUUCUGUGUGCCCAGGAGGGAGUCUCUCGUUUGGUAUCAACCAUGGAUUGAGGUUCCUGGUAUUAGCCUGCCACUUUUGGAUUCUCGCUUGCUGAGAUGUUCCUGCGAGUAUUUCUGUAGAUCUUAGAAAAUUCUGUCAGUGAUAGCUAUCCUUAACAAUUUGAUCAUUUGGUGUCAGAUUUUAAAGAUAAUUUCAAUAUAGAUAUAAAAUGUAGGCAUCUUUUCAUUAUUUCUGAUUUUAUUUUGCCCAAUCAAAUAAGCCUGACAUUGUUCUCUAAAUGUAUUUGUGUAGAGAAGCCGGUGCACAAGUCUGUAAAUUGUAUAUAUAAAUAUACCUACAGAAUACUACUUUAUAAAAUAAAGAAUGUAAAACUAUUUCACAAAUAUUAUUCAGAAUAAUUAUUCUGAAUGUAUAGCAAGAAUAAAUUUAAGUCUGAGGUUACUUUUGGCAUGUUUUAUUUAAUUAUUUAAAAGUGCAGAUAAUUAUACAGACAUAAUGAUACAAUAUACUAAGACUGUAUAUUUCUAUAACAAAUAAUUAUGAAGAAUGCUGUUAGCUUUGUCUAUUUUGCAAGUAUAAUGUGGCAAAAAAAACCAACAUGUAUAUUUGUGUGGUGCUAGAAAUAAUUACUUGGGAACCAAUGGCUAUUGAACUCAGUGGGCUCUUCUUUAAAGUUGAACACGCAUAGGCUCAGAUCGCACAAAUGCCAUACACUUUCUUGUAAAUGCACCACUGCCCUAUUUUAAAAUGCAUUCGCUGUAGCAGAGCUAGUCAUGAUGUGUGGCCUUAAAGAGACAGAAGAAAGAUUAAUUUGCUUUUUCUCAGCAAAAGACAUUGAGGCUUAUUGUUCCCAUUUUUGGAUGCUUUGUUUGAAAGGACAAAUUCUGUGGUUGAUAAAUAAGGUGUUUGUUCUAGCAGAAAACUAAACAGUAGUACAGUUAGAUCAUUAGGAAAAUGCUAAGUGCUAGUUCAGGUAUAGAAUUAUUUAAGGCUACAGUGUUUUUUUAAAAAACAUGCUUUUGUUAUAGAAAACAGAAUAUUUGUCUUUAUGGUGUCCUUUCACACUUGGGAAGCUGCUUAAUAAAGAUCAUUCAAUACAAA